GGGCGCGGGGGCGCUGGGCGGACGCCCCUCGGUCGUGUCCCCGUGGCUGUGGGUUUGGGGACGUGGAGAGCCCUCCCCCUCGCCCGGCCGCUCCUGUCUGCCGCAGUGUGUCUGGAGACUUCCUGUGGCAUGGAGUCAGGCUCGGGAGCGCCACGCGCUGCGCGGGGGCGGGGGCGGGGGGCCGCCUGGCCGCCUGCGAUGGCGGAGGGGAGGCGCCCGCUGCGGCCCCCCGAGCCUGCUGGCGGCGACCCUGCGGCUGCGGACCGGGAGCGCCCGGCGGGGAAGACGGCGGAGAACGCCGCCGCGGUCGCGCCGCUGCGGGCAGGGCUGGCUGGGCUGAGCCGCUCUGGGCCGGCGGAGGAGGCUGUUCUGGGGCUGCAGCAGGCCACUUCCUCAGCUUAAGGGACGGAGAGAAGAGCAGGUGGUGGUGCAGCCAGUGACUUGGCGAGCAUCUUAGUUUAUUUCUGGGUGUUUCCAUUCGGUGAGUUUUUCGGAUAUACAGGAAAGCCGAGGAGGACGCCAGCGAGGUAGUCUUCUGGCCGUUAAAGUUUCUGACUCCAUUUCAUGGGCUUGCUAUGGCAUUGUUCAGGUACCCACUGGACCAUGGUUUUGCAGGAAAUGUGAAUCUCAGGAGAGAGCAGCCAGAGUGAGAUGUGAACUGUGUCCUCACAAGGAUGGAGCUUUAAAAAGAACAGAUAAUGGGGGUUGGGCUCAUGUGGUUUGCGCCCUGUAUAUUCCAGAGGUUCAGUUUGCCAAUGUUUCUACAAUGGAACCAAUCGUUUUACAGUCUGUUCCACAUGAUCGUUAUAAUAAGACUUGCUACAUUUGUGAUGAACAGGGAAGAGAGAGUAAAGCAGCCACUGGUGCUUGCAUGACCUGUAAUAAACAUGGAUGUCGACAGGCUUUCCAUGUGACAUGUGCUCAGUUUGCCGGACUACUCUGUGAAGAAGAAGGUAAUGGUGCAGAUAACGUCCAGUACUGUGGCUACUGUAAAUACCAUUUUAGUAAGCUGAAAAAGAGCAAACGGGGAUCUAAUAGGUCAUAUGAUCAAAGUUUAAGUGAUUCUUCCUCUCACUCUCAGGAUAAACAUCAUGAGAAAGAGAAAAAAAAAUAUAAAGAAAAAGACAAACAUAAACAAAAACACAAGAAGCAACCAGAACCAUCACCUGCAUUGGUUCCUUCUUUGACUGUUACUACAGAAAAAACUUAUACGAGCACUAGCAGCAACUCUAUAUCUGGAUCAUUGAAGCGCUUGGAAGAUACUGCAGCACGAUUUACAAAUGCAAAUUUCCAGGAAGUCUCUGCGCAUACAACUAGUGGAAAAGAUGUUUCAGAGGCUAGAGGGUCAGAGGGCAAAGGGAAGAAAUCUUCAGCUCACAGCUCAGGUCAAAGGGGAAGAAAGCCUGGUGGAAGAAAUCCAGGACCGACUGUGUCAGCAGCUAGUCCUUUCCAGCAAGGCAGUUUUUCAGGAACUCCAGGCAGUGUAAAAUCAUCUUCGGGAAGUUCAGUACAGUCUCCCCAGGAUUUCUUGAGCUUUACAGACUCAGAUCUGCGUAAUGACAGUUAUACUCAUUCCCAACAGUCAUCAUCAACCAAAGAUGUACAUAAAGGAGAGUCUGGAAGCCAGGAAGGGGGGGUAAAUAGUUUUAGUUCCAUAAUUGGUCUCCCUUCGACCUCAGCUGUUAUUUCACAGCCUAAAAGCUUUGAAAAUUCACCUGGAGAUUUGGGUAAUUCCAGCCUUCCUACAGCAGGAUAUAAGCGGGCUCAAACUUCUGGCAUAGAAGAAGAAACUGUAAAGGAAAAGAAAAGAAAAGGAAAUAAACAGAGUAAGCAUGGGCCUGGUAGACCCAAAGGAAACAAAAAUCAAGAGAAUGUUUCUCAUCUCUCAGUUUCUUCUGCUUCACCAACAUCAUCUGUAGCAUCAGCUGCAGGAAGUGUAACAAGCUCUAGUCUUCAGAAAUCUCCUACAUUGCUCAGGAAUGGAAGUUUACAAAGUCUUAGUGUUGGCUCAUCUCCAGUUGGUUCAGAAAUUUCCAUGCAGUAUCGGCAUGAUGGAGCUUGUCCAACAACUACUUUCUCAGAGUUGCUGAAUGCAAUACACAAUGACAGAGAUGACAAUUCUACACUAACAAAGCAGGAACUUAAAUUCAUAGGUAUUUAUAACAGCAAUGAUGUAGCAGUAUCAUUUCCAAAUGUAGUAUCUGGCUCAGGAUCUAGUACUCCUGUCUCCAGUUCUCAUUUACCUCAGCAGUCUUCUGGGCAUUUGCAACAAGUGGGAGCUCUCUCCCCGUCAGCCACAUCAUCUGCAGCCCCCGCUGUUGCUACAACUCAGGCAAAUACCCUAUCUGGAUCUUCUCUUAGUCAGGUACCAUCUCAUAUGUAUGGCAAUAGAUUAAAUCCAAAUUCAUCAAUGGCAGCUCUUAUAGCUCAAUCUGAAAACAAUCAAACAGAUCAAGAUCUUGGAGACAAUAGCCGCAGCCUUGUUGGCAGAGGAAGCUCACCCCGAGGAAGUCUCUCACCACGAUCCCCUGUAAGCAGUUUGCAGAUUCGCUACGAUCAACCCAGCAGCAGCGGUUUGGAAAAUCUGCCUCCAGCAGCGGCCAGCAUAGAGCAGCUUUUAGAGAGGCAGUGGAGCGAAGGGCAGCAGUUUCUAUUGGAACAGGGCACUCCUGGUGACAUUUUAGGAAUGCUGAAGUCAUUACACCAACUUCAAGUUGAAAACCGAAGGUUAGAGGAACAGAUUAAAAACUUGACUGCCAAAAAGGAGCGCCUUCAGUUGUUGAAUGCACAGCUCUCAGUGCCUUUUCCAACAAUAACGACAAAUCCCAGCCCGUCUCAUCAGAUGCAUGCAUUUUCAGCACAGAAUGCUCCCACUACUGAUUCCUUGAACAGCAGUAAGAGCCCUCAUCUAGGAAACAGCUUUUUACCUGAUAAUUCUCUUCCUGUAUUAAAUCAGGAUUUAACCUCCAGUGGACAAAGCACCAGCAGCUCGUCAGCUCUGUCUACUCCACCUCCUGCUGGGCAGAGCCCCGCUCAGCAGGGCUCAGGCGUUAGUGGAGUGCAGCAGGUCAAUGGUGUGACAGUGGGGGCACUGGCUGGUGGAAUGCAGACUGUAACAUCCACCAUUCCUGCCGUGCCUGGAGUGGGUGGAAUAAUUGGAGCUUUGCCAGGUAACCAACUGGCAAUUAAUGGCAUUGUAGGAGCUUUAAAUGGGGUUAUUCAGACCCCUGUCACAAUAUCCCAGAAUCCUAACCCCCUCACCCACACAACUGUACCACCUAAUGCAACACAUCCAAUGCCAGCUACACUGACUAACAGUGCCUCAGGACUAGGAUUACUUUCUGACCAGCAAAGACAAAUAUUUCUUCAUCAACAGCAAUUUCAGCAGUUGUUAAAUUCUCAACAGCUCACGCCAGAACAGCAUCAGGCCCUUCUGUAUCAGUUAAUGCAGCAUCACCACCAGCAGCACCACCAGCCUGAGCUGCAGCAGCUGCAGAUCCCGGGACCAACGCAAAUACCCAUAAACAACCUGCUGGCAGGCACUCAGGCGCCGCCACUUCACCCAGCUCCCACCAACCCAUUUCUCACCAUCCACGGCGAUAAUGCGAGUCAGAAAGUAACAAGACUUAGUGAUAAAACUGGGCCUGUCGCUCAAGAGAAAAGUUGACCCUUGAGAAACAUCUAGAAAUUGCCUAUCCUGCUGUUCUAGCACUUCAUCUGGCUGCUGUUGCAGUCCUCUUACUACACCUAUAAAGAAAUGCAACAAGAAACCAACCGCACACAAAGGAGUACUUGCCACAAGGACAUUCUUGGAAGGCUUUGAUUGAUUUUCUUGUUGCUUUGUUGCACUGAAAUGGAAUUCCCCUCUCCCCCACCCCUCACCCAGAUUUUUUGAACUUUGAAAGAAAAUUUCAACUUUGUCAGUGAAAUAAUUUACAUGCAAUGAGUUUAUCAACCUAAGAGAAAUUUAAUAUGGUUGGUGCACAACUAAUUUUGUUAUAAAUUGGAGAGAUAAAUAGCAAAACUAAAGACUUGUUCCAUUUAUAACCUCUUUGAUUUCCUUGUACAAGUCGGAAUAUGAAAUCUGAUCUUUUGUUUGGGUUACGGUAUGCUUGCUCUGUGAGUCAAACCUGAAAACAAAUUUCAAGGGACUGUCCAAUUUCUUCUACUAGAGCUUUAUUGGUUAAGUAUUGCAAAUAAAUAGGUCACCAACUGGGACUUGGCAAUCUCUGUUAUAUAAAUUUCUUUUCUUAAUGGGAUUUGGCCAAUUUUGGUAAUCAAGUUAGGAUGGUAAUGUCUGCUUCUGCUAAAGGUAAUUUUCUUUUGCUAAAUGCUUUUCCUUUAGUGUUCUGACCUACUCAUAUUUUAAAGAAACCUUGAGUUAAGUGAGUUCUAAGGCUGCUGGGGGAACCAGAUCAAUUCAAAGUGAAAGACUUCUUUCAAAAAGAGGGGCCACUCUGGAAACUGCUGGUAGGGUUUGGCCUGAAUCAAGUGCCUGUUACACCUCCAUUGUAUUGCAAUGGCUCUAGACAGCUGCGCUUGUACUGCAGUCGAUCCUUGUAAGUAGUAGGAGUAGUCAGUGUUGCACCAGCGGCCUUCCGCAUGGCUCUGCCUUUAUUAAAAACUGUCUAUGCCACUGCAGAUAGCUCAGGCACAACGAUUACCUGGGUAUUAUCCACUAAUGAGUCACAAGGAAAAUGAGUGGAUUUGGUAAGAGGUUUGUUGGUUUGUUGUAAUUUAAACAGCUUCCCUUUACUGACAGUGAUUUCAGACAAAUAAAACAAGACAAAUAACUGACCACUGGAGUUCCUGGAACAGGUGAAAUCUGUGUACCCCAGCCCUCCACUCUGGAUAGCCACACUCCUGGGGUCACAGCAUGGCAGAGGAUAAAUUAAAUGAUUGCGGAUAUAAUCAUUGAACUGUUCUUAAAUGUGUGAAUUAUUAGUGGAAAAGACCCAGCUGUAAUUAGACCUCCACUGUGUACUUAGCUGGAAGAACAUGUUAAUUCUGCAAUAUGUCUCUUGGUUAAACAUUGCACAGUUCUUACCUCAUUUCUGUAAAUAAGGUUUUGUGAAUCUGUUUUGUAUUGUGAAAAAUUCAUAAGAUAACAUUGAUAUUUUGAUUUGUAAUAUUUCUAAUUGGUAGAUUUAACUGAAAAGUAAAAUUAAUUUAUUUUUAUAUGUUCAGGGGAAUUUUAAAGAAAGUCAAAUCUUUUGUAGAUAAUUAAAAAAAUCGGUGUGGUUUAUUUUACUUAUUUAACCCACUGGUUGUUAUUCUGUAACAAUUUGUAUAAAGGGUAAAUUUUGAAUGUGUUGUUAUUUUACCUAGAUGUAAAAUUACACAUGUAUUAAAGAAAAUGUACAAAGUUUUUGUUAA